AUGAAUGGAACGCAACUCUGGAGCUCGCCGUUACGUUGGGCGCCCGUUUGCGCCUGGAGGAGUACAACUCCCGCUGUAAGGCGUUUCACCGCGGGGUGUCAAUUGAGGCAGAGUGCAGACACCUCUUCGGCGAAUUCGAAAAAUGAGACAAAAUCGAGCGAGGCUACUCAAGAGGAGGAGAAAGAAGAAAGUGCUAUGUCUCGCCGGCUGUCCCAGAUGACCGAAGACGCAAUGCUAGAGGGCGGCCGGUCCGCGCGACGUAACAUAGAGAACGCGGGAUUCUCAGAAGAUCUGAAGAGACAGUUGGAGGAAAGAGUGCUUGCUUCGUCUUUCAAGAGCGAACAUGCUGCUGCUCACUCUAUUCUGGACAUGCCGGCGAGUGCAGGCCAAGGAACUCGAGAGACAGCAGCAGCUCAAGCAUGGACAGGAACCGAAACCCUUCAUGACUCCGCCCUACGCAUGCUGGACGAUGCUAGCAAACCGAUUCGCACCCCAUACAAGAUCCCCCAACCCGUCGAUCUCAAACCGGCUCCCAAACCGAAGCAUACCCCCGCGAACGGCUUGCCCACGCGAAAGACCGCGCCUGGAUUUUCAGAUGAACAGCGCGAGGAAAUGCGCCGGGAAAUGAGGGAGAAGCUGACGCCCGGCGCGCACUCCAUGCCCAUCUCUAUCCAGGGCCUGGCCUCGCUUGCGAAUGAACGAAUCGAAGAUGCAAUUGCACGCGGCCAAUUCCAGAAAAUUAAGCGCGGGAAAGGAGUGAAUACAGAGACGGAUCAUAAUGCGAACUCGGCCUUCAUCGAUACGACAGAGUAUUUCAUGAACAAGAUUAUCCAGAAGCAAGAAAUCGUUCCGCCCUGGAUUGAGAAACAGCAAGAACUUUCGAUGGAGAUCAAUCGAUUUCGACAACGUCUUCGUGCUGAUUGGAGGCGGCAUGCUGCAAGGUUGAUUGCAAGCCAGGGCGGGUCCCUAGAGGCGCAGAUGAACCGUGCGAGAGGACAUGCAGCAGCAGAAGUCCGUUUAAAGGAGCAAGCGAGGCUGGAGGCAUCGCUGAGGAAUACCAGUGAAGAGGCUAUCAUCUCAGAGAUUGCUCCCGAUGGUCGUAUUGUGUCGAAAACCGAAGCGCCCGAAGUCGCUCUCGAAUCUGGCAUUGACCAGACAUACUUUAAUAACGAACGCUCUUAUCACGAAGUUGCCGUGAAGCAUAUAAACGCCAUCGCCCGCUCCUAUAACCUCCAAGCGCCACGCUCGGCUCAGAAACCAUACAUCAACUUGGACCGCGAGCUGAAUGCAUGCUUCAAUGAAGUUGCACCGCAACUAGCCGAAGAGAUCCGUCGCCGGGCUACAGAAAGGGCACACAGUCCAAUAAGUAUGGGUGGAUCCUCAUCAAGUAUGUUUGGCUCCCUUGGAACUGGACAAACGGCUCAGAUCUAUGAGGAAGAUGGAGGGAAGGCAUAUGGAAUGAAGGAAAUGUGGAGGGAUCUAUUCUCGAAAGAGAAAAAAUAG